AGAUUUGGGGAAUAGACGGGAAUAGAGAUAAUUUAAAAAGAGACAAACGUAGAAUACGCGUGUUCAUUCUGUGAUGUUUAAUUGCGCCAAUUCAUUUACAAACAAUAGCACUUUAAAUGUGUGUCAGACGGUGUCAGAUUAUUAUAUUUGACGAUUUAUUAUAUUUAAGAAUUUCCGUAAAUUGAAAGGCUUGGUCUGAACAUAAUUUUAAUACCAAGGUAGUAAGUAGUGUAAUUCGUGUGUUGCAAUGUCUAUUACUACACUGUAUUAUACACAAUUAAAAAAGGAAAAUGCACACGAAGAUUCUAUUUGGUGUUGUGGCUGGAGUAAGAUAAUUAAAGAAAAGCCGAAAGAGGAUGAGAACACAGAAAAUAAUGAGAACUCACAAGAAUCUCAACAUGACGAGACUUCAGAGAGUGAGAACUACAUUAUAACGGGAGGACUAGAUGACCUGGUGAAGGUAUGGCAUUUGGACAAUGGGAAGUUAGAGGUGAAACACCAGCUGGAGGGCCACUCUCUUGGAGUCAUAUCUGUUGCUGUUAGUCCUGAUGGGAAAACAUUAGCAAGUAGUUCUCAAGACUCCUCACUCAUACUAUGGGAUAUAGCCAGUGGUGAGAAACUAAAGAUGAUGGAAACCGGACCAACAGAUGUGUGGACACUAGAUUUCUCGCCCGACGGCAAGCAUGUGAUCUCAGGAAGCAAUGCUGGCAAGAUUCUGAUCUUCUCUGUUGAAAGCGGCAAACAGGAACAGACUUUAGACACAAGAGGAAAAUUCACAUUAAGUGUAGCUUAUAGUCCAGAUGGCAAGUACAUAGCAAGUGGUGCUCUUGACGGUAUUAUCAACAUAUUCGACGUGGCUCAGGGCAAGUUGGUGCACACACUGGAGGGCCAUGCAAUGCCGAUCCGCAGCCUUUGCUUCUCACCAGACUCACAGCUACUGCUCACUGCCUCUGAUGAUGGACACAUGAAGCUUUAUGAUGUUGUACAUGCAAACCUAGCAGGCACUCUGUCGGGCCACGCGUCAUGGGUACUAUCGGUGGCGUUCUCUCCGGAUGGCAAACGCUUCGUGUCCAGCAGCGCCGACCGCACCGUUCGCGUGUGGGACCUCGACACCAUGCAGUGCCAGAAUGUCUUUAAGGAACAUAAUGAUCAGGUUUGGGGAGUAAAAUUCAAUGCUGAAAGUAAUAAAAUUGUAUCUGUAUCAGAGGAUAAGAGUAUAAAUAUUUACGAAUGUCCAUUAUAGCGUGUGUUUUUAUAAAUUAUGAAAUAAAAUAUUUUUAAGUAA